GCCGCGCCGCUCGCACGCCGCCGCGCGCCGCCCUCGACACGCAGUGUACGAUACUAGUUUGUAAGUUUUCGAAGUCGAGUAACAGUUGUGAGAGAGCGCAGUGCUGGGAUGAGCAGUGACCGCGCGGCGCGAGUGCCCGCGUGCAGUGCGUGUGUGUGAGGUGCAGUGCUGCCGGCACGGGGGCCGCGCGCGCUCGGCGCCGGCCCGCUGAGCACCAGCCGAGCUGCAGCGCGCCAGCUUCCGCCACUCGCGGAUGCGGCGGCAUGCGGCGCCACAAGAAGUACGCGGUGCGCUGAGCGCCGCGCGCCGCCAUGCUGCCGGGCGGCGCCGCGCCCCCCGCGCCCGCGUGCUGCCGCUGCGCGCACCAGCGCCGCGCGUCGCCGCUCACGUGCCUGGCCGUCUGCUUCCUGGUGCUGUCCUACAACCUGCUGGGCGGCUUCCUGUUCCUGGCGCUCGAGGGCACGGCGCCCGAGGAGACCGCCGUGGCCGCCUCCCAGCCCGACCUGGCGCGCCCGGCCGAGGAGCUGCGCGAGCGCACGGUGGAGCGCCUCUGGUCCAUCACGGAGGACCUGAACAUCCUGUACAAGGAGAACUGGACGAUGCUGGCGGCGCGCGAGCUGCUGGACUUCCAGCGCGCGCUGGUGGCGUCCCUGCGCGCCGAGCCCGCCCCGCCCCCCGCGCGCCUGCCCGUCGCGCGCCCGCUGCGCCCGCGCUGGAGCUUCUCCGCCAGCUUCCUGUACGCGCUCACGCUCAUCACCACCAUCGGGCACGGCAACGUGACGCCGCGGUCGCCGGCGGGCAAGCUGGUGGCGGUGGCGUACGCGUGCGUGGGCAUCCCCAUCAUCAUGCUGUACCUGUCCACCAUCGGCGAGGCGCUGGCGCGUCGCGUGCGCGCGCUGUACAGCCGCGUGCUGCCCCGCUCCCGCCCCGCCCGUGCCCCGCGCCCCGACCCGCCGCGCCGAACGCCCUUCCAGGCCGCGCUCAACCUCGACACGCUCAGCGCGCCCGCGCACUUCACGUGCCGCGACCACACGCGCGUGCCCAUCCUGCUUAGCUUACUGCUCAUCGCGCUCUACAUAGCGCUAGGGACCGUAGUGUUUCACUCCACGGAGCGCUGGACUUGGGUGGACGGGUGUUACUUCUCGUUCGCGAGCCUCGCCACCAUCGGCUUCGGCGAGCUGCGGCCCGGGCUGCACGCCAGCACGGUGUCGGCCAAGGCGGAGGACGUGGCGGUGGGCGUGUGCUGCCUGUACAUACUGGUGGGCGUGGUGGUGGUGGCCAUGUGCUUCAACCUGGUGCAGGAGGAGCUGGGCGGGCUGGCGCGCGGCGCGGGGCUGUGCGCGGGCGCGGGGCGCUGCGCCGGCCGCGCCGUGCACGCGCAGCCCGCCGCCGACGACAAGCUGACGGCCGACUCGGGGCCGUCCGUAGCGUUCGCCGGCUGCGACAAGCGCCAGCAAGUGACGUUUAAGAUAGACUCUUUGAACCCGACGAAGUUCAAUAGUUUGCCGCGGCGCAAGUCGUCGCAUUACGGCGAGGAGAGCUUCAGCCGCAACACGCCGGCGCGGCGCUCGGCCGGCCACGCCGACCGCUGCGUGGAGUACUUCGUGCCACGCAGCCUCAGCGAGUUCAACCUCAGCGGCGCCGGCGACCUGUGCGACCUGGCGGCGCUGGGGUCGCGCGCGCGCCUGGCCCCCGCGCCGCCCCCCGGGGGCGGAGGUGCUGGGGGCGGCGGGGGUGGCAAGGCGCGCGACAAGAUGGUCACGUUCGAGGACGACCGCGGCGCCGGCAAACUGCUCGCCGAUGACGUUUUCAUGUGACGGCGACGUUUGCUAGAUAUAGACUUGUUGGUUUGGACAUGGUUUGUUAUAUAAUAAAAAAUGAAUUUUUGCAUUA